AUGGGAGACUGGAGCUUCUUGGGGAAUAUUUUGGAGGAGGUGAAUGAACAUUCUACUGUGAUCGGUAGAGUGUGGCUCACGGUCCUGUUCAUCUUUCGCAUCCUUAUCCUAGGAACGGCCGCAGAGUUUGUUUGGGGCGAUGAACAGUCCGACUUUGUAUGCAACACCCAGCAGCCCGGUUGUGAAAAUGUCUGCUACGAUGAGGCUUUCCCUCUGUCCCACAUCAGGCUGUGGGUCCUGCAGAUUAUCUUUGUCUCCACGCCGUCGCUGGUGUACGUGGGGCAUGCCGUGCACCACGUACGAAUGGAGGAGAAGCGAAAGGAAAGAGAAGAGGCGGAAAUGAGUAGGCAGCAGGAAAUGAAUGAAGAAAGGUUGCCUCUUGCCCCUGACCAAGGGAGCAUCCGAACCACGAAAGAAACCAGUACCAAGGGUACAAAGAAGUUUCGCUUGGAAGGAACACUGCUGAGAACCUACAUCUGCCACAUUAUCUUCAAAACCCUUUUCGAAGUGGGAUUUGUGGUAGGCCAGUAUUUCCUCUAUGGUUUCAGGAUCCUUCCCCUGUACCGAUGCAGCCGGUGGCCUUGCCCAAAUAUAGUGGACUGCUUUGUGUCCAGACCGACUGAGAAAACUGUGUUUAUCAUGUUCAUGUUAGCUGUGGCUGCGGUCUCGCUUUUUUUGAACGUGGUGGAGAUCAGCCACUUGGGUUGGAAAAAGAUCCGCCUAGCGUUCGGGCGGGCAAUUGAUCAUCAACCGCAUCAGCUGCUGGGAGAAGUUACUGAAAAGCCCCUACACUCCAUAGCCAUCUCUUCCAUUCCAAAGUCUAAAGGCUACAAGUUGUUGGAAGAAGAAAAGGCUGUCUCCCAUUUCUAUCCAAUGACUGAGGUGGGAUUAGAAGCAAGCCCGCUCCCUACCCACUUUAAUGGUUAUGAGAAAAGCAGCACGGGCUUCUUGGAAGACAUCUCCAAGGCUUACGAUGAAACCCUGCCAUCCUAUCGGCAAGCUGAAGAACAAGAGGUGGUGAAAGUGCAAGUGGCUGAGACCCUAGAGCAAGCUCCUUCUGAGCGUGCCCCCUCAGUGAGGGCUCCUUCGGUGCGUGCACCCUCUGACCGUGCACUUUCUGAAAGAGCAAUGUCUCGUGCUGUUUCUGACCACGCAGCUUCAGAAAGAGCUCCCUCCGAGCGUGCGCCUUCCCUCAGAGCACCUUCCAAUAAUGCCCUCUCUGAAAGAGCGCCUUCUGAGCGAGCACUCUCCCGUGCUGUCUCUGAACAUGCCCCUUCAGAGCGAGCUCCCUCUGAGCGAGCUCCCUCUCGUGCUGCCUCUGAGCAAGUGCCCUCUGAGCGAGCUCCUUCUCAACGAGCAUCCUCACGGGCAACCUCUGAACAUGCACCAUUUGACCCAAUACCAUCUCAAACGCAGUCAGUUCCUGAGCAGUUAGACAGUUCUUCUGACCUUCCACCCCCAGAAACGAUUCCUACUGAACACGUGUCCUCACCAACAGCCCCAUUUCAGCCCAUUUCUGAGCAGAUCCCAUGCGAGCAUGCUCCAUCCAGGGCUUUCUCUGAUCACACUGGCCCUGAGCAUGGUUUUCCAGAACCUAUGCCCUUAGAAUCAGGUGUUUCCGAUCCAGAGCCUCCAGGCCCUGACGUGCCACUGCUAUGUGUCGAAUUAAUUCCAGAUUCCAGAUCUUUGAGUAGAUUAAGUAAAGCAAGCAGCAGAGCCCGGUCGGAUGAUUUAACAGUAUGAAGCAAUUCAUUGACAUCUUGAUGACUAUAAGGAGGUGCGAGGCACA